AUGGACACGCCGGUGUUCGACAAGAGCAAAGUAAGUCACGUCAAGAAAGGUCCGUCGUCAGCGGCUACCGUCUUGACCAUGGCUGGUAUGUUCGUCGUUGGGAUUCUACUAAUGAUGAGCGGAACAAUUGUAUUGAUAGCGCAUACCGAAACGCCUUUUAUCGUCACCGGCUGCCUAUUCAUAGGUGUCGGGUUCGCGAUGGUGCUUGUCUGCGGAAUUCUUCAGCGAAAGAACGUCACCAAAUUCGUCGUUGAUAUGAACAGAGAUUUGUACUUCCUAAAUAUUAACAAAAGUCUUAUGUGGAAAUCGAUGUUCGAUAGUCGAUCUGAACUGCCGCUGUCUGAAUGA